AUGGCGCCCACUACGCUUAAAGUCCUAUUAAUUCUCUUGUCCGUCGCCGGCUUCUGGACUCUGUGGGGCUUUCCGUAUCAAAAUGGCCUUCUUGAGAUCCUAGGUCGUCAGACGGAGCCUGGAGCUGUCAUACCAGGUCGUACGCCGGCACCUAUGAAACAGACGUACACGGGCAUUGGGGUGGUGGACAAGCAGUUGACAGUGUUGGUCAGCUUUUUUUAUACCGCCAUAGACGGCAAUCGGGCCGACGUUUCCCUGUCCUUCCUUGACCUUGGAGGCCAGGUCCUUGCCGCCUGGGUCUUGAUCACAAUUGAAGGUCUGAGAGCCGGCAAUCAGGGGAAAUUUCUCCUCACAGCCACGACUUUGUUGGGUCUCGGGGUGGCAAUCAUUGGUUAUGCAUGUGUUGCACCACUUUGGUUUGCCCUACAUUUAUGGCUUUCCCCGACCGCGGUUGAUCCCAAAGACCAUCAGCUUACUGUGGGUGUGCCCGUCAAACUUGCCAUUGCUCCCAUCAGCAUCCUUGUCGGAUUUGGUCUUCCGUCACUUCUCAUGUGCCUUCCGGCGCCGACAGUGGUGUCGUUUGAAACCAAGCAAACUUGGACAGGUAUCCAACAAGGCUGGCCGAUUUGGAUCGGAAUCACCCAAUUCGUCUUGUCAACUCUUGCUAUGACCCUUGAUCAAAGAGCGUCGACGUUGACCGAAAGCGACAAGAAAGCAAAGACCAUCAAGUAUCUGCGACAAGCUUAUGUGUUUGCCAUCAUGUCAUCGACUGGAUCUCAUCUUACUGCGUUGAGUUUGUCACUAUUAGCCUAUGCGUUUCCAGUCCUGUUCAGCUCAACAUAUCUGCCUCAACUACAGCCCCACAGGAUUUUCAUCCCCGUUGUGCCGUUUGGACCACAUCGUGUCACAGUGCUGGCCGAUGGUGCGUUAUGGUUUCUGCAAUGGGAUAUAGUUGUCGGGGCUGCCUCUACACUACUAUGGGGCCUAACCCUGCGUGUCGCAGCCAAAUAUGAGAAGUCCUCGCCUAUUCAGAUCGUCAUUGGGUCCAUCAAGAUUGCCAUCAUCACGGCCGUCCUGGGUCCAUGUGGCACUGCGGCCGUGGCUGUCUGGGGCCGUGACGAGUUGGUUUUCCGCCGGUCAAGCACGGAGAGCAAGAAGGACAAAUCCUCCUAG